GAAAAAAUGAGCCUUCAGGAACCUUCUGGAAAUCAGACGGAAGGGAAAAGAAGAGCCUCUAGCCUUCAAAUACAAACAGUCACACAGGUCUCAUUAUGACAGUAACCUAUACAAGUCGUGUGGCCAAUGCCCGCUUGUGCGGGUUUUCCAAGCUGUUGUUGCAGUGGAAGGGCAGCAUAUACAAACUACUGUACAAGGAGUUUCUCAUCUUUAUGCUGCUCUACCUCAUUCUCAGCUGCAUCUACAGGUUUAUGCUGAAAGAGAGCCAAAAGCGUUUUUUUGAGAAAAUGGCCAUCAACUGCAACAAUUAUGCUGAUCUAAUCCCAAUGUCAUUUGUGCUCGGGUUCUACGUCAGUCUGGUUGUGUCACGUUGGUGGAACCAGUAUCAGAACAUGCCCUGGCUUGACCGCCUCAUGAGUACGGUUUCCUGCCAUGUCCAAGGCACAGACGAGUAUGGCAGGAUGCUGCGAAGGACAUUAAUGCGCUAUGCAAACCUCGCCUCCAUUCUCACCUUCCGUUCAGUCAGCACUGCCGUCUACAAACGUUUUCCCACCAUGAGACACAUGAUGGAGGCAGGUUUCAUGACUCCAGAUGAGUACAAAAAGCUUGAAAGCUUGAAUUCGCCUCACAACAAGUUCUGGGUACCCUGUGUAUGGUUUGUCAAUUUAGCAGUGAAAGCAAGGAGGGAAGACCGAAUCAGUGACUAUGUAUCAUUGGCUCAUAUCUUCAGAGAAGUACACAACUUGCGCAGCCAGUGUGAGAAGCUGUACAGUUAUGACUGGAUCAGCGUCCCCCUGGUCUACACGCAGGUUGUCACCAUUGCAGUUUACAGCUUCUUUCUGGCCUGUCUAAUCGGGCGGCAGUUUCUUGAUCCCAGUCAAGGAUAUCCAGGCCAUGAACUCGACCUUUACAUCCCUGUGUUCACCCUACUACAGUUUUUCUUUUAUGCGGGCUGGCUUAAGGUGGCUGAACAGUUAAUUAACCCUUUUGGUGAAGAUGAUGAUGACUUUGAGGCAAACUGGCUCAUCGAUAGGAAUUUCCAGGUUUCACUCCUGGCAGUUGAUGAGAUGCACCAGAACCUACCAGCUCUUGAAAAGGACAAAUAUUGGGAUGAUAAUGACCCUAAGCCUCCAUAUACAGUUGCAACAACUGAACACUGGAAACCUUCCUUCCUUGGCUCCACUUUUGACACCAGCAUGCUUAAAGAGGAGAUGGAAUUCCAACCGCUCGAGCAAAUCAAUGAGAAUGAGGAAGUAAACCACGCCACCCCACUUCUGAGUAACUUGGGCAGACUGCUAGGAGUUCAAGCAACAAACUUCCAGAAUAUUUCCAGGUCUACUCCUCGCAUCAAUCUCUCGAGGAAGAGGAGCAGCACAUUUUUACCAGCUUCUAUGUUCAGCUUCCUGAGCUCAGAAUCAACACCCAAUGGGUUUCACAAGUCAGGGCCUCUUCCUCCCAACAGACCUUUUGCAAAAAUUCACCGAGCCUCCUCCUCCUCCAAUUCACCUUUCGGAUCCACUCAAGGUUGUGCCGCAAUGGAUAAUGAGGCAAGGGAUUAUGACAGCUUCAUAUCCUCCUCACUUUAUGAAAGGCCCGGCUACUACAGUGCGCCGCAAACACCCAUUCAAUCCGUACCCAUGACAUUUCCACUCAAAUGGAUUCCUGUAAAGAAGCCCUCCAAGCUAGCCAGCAUUUCUACCUUCCCUACUGGAAACCAAGGAAGUAACAGCAGUAUGUUGGCCUCAAAAGCUGAAGAUCUGGACAAACACAUUAGCAAUAAUACAGACAAAAUUGCUCCCCUUAAUGAACCGUCUGAGAAAACUAUAGCAGAGGACAGCAGUCAAGUUGUAGCUGAAGUAGCAGAAGAUGCUACAAGAAAUCUUUGCUUAAACAGCAAAGAAACAAUUUUAGAUUCAUCCCACAGCUUUAACCCUGGUAGCAGCAACAGCUUACUAUUGAUUUCUGAAAAUCCACAUUCUCCCUUUUCAGAUAGCUCUUCAAAUACAAAUAAUCCCAACAAUACAAAGCAAAUUUCUGGUUUCCAGGAAUGCAAACGUCCUAGAUUGACCCUUGAAUCUCUUGGAUAUGUCAACAACCCUGACCUUUCAAAUCCUUUACUCAACACUCCAGGCCAUGAAACAACCAUCUCAACCUUUUCAUUCACACCCUUGUCUUCCCCAAUGCUGGGAAGGUCAAGGAUGAUAAGUCAAAGCGGACGUGUGUCUGGCUUUGAUUACAAGGCAGGAAGUGCUUCUUCCCCAGCGUUUUCCGGAACAGUGACUUCUUCCAAGUACCCCAAUCUAUCAACUCAAUCCAUGACUACUACUGAAUGCAUCAGUGAUAUCAGUACUGAACCAGUGCAGAAAAAUGGGAUUGUGGCUCCAAAUGAUUCAAGCUUCUCCCUCAAUGAGGAGAACCUAGUCAACUUCAUGGACGUCAUCGCUGAAACUGCAGAAAGCGCCCCUAAGAAUGAGAACUCAAUCAAAUAA